GCAAGUGUAAGCGGUGUUUCGCUCUGCUUCUUCUUCAGAGUUCCGCCUGUAAUCUCAUCUAAUUCGGUUUAAUUUUUUCGCAAUUUACGCUACAUCGAGUGACAAGCUAUUGAAAAAUUAAUUGCCCAAUUGAAAUUGAAAGCUAAAGAAAAAAUAUCCAUUUGGGGCAGCUAAAAACUUUACAAGAAAUUUGUGUUGUUGGAACGGUUAUCGAUUUGUGUGAAAGUUGCAGGCUGCUGCAGAAAGAAAAGGCAAAGAAAGUUUUCUGGAAAUGUGAAGACACAACAAAUCACAACAAUGGAAAAUUUAAACUUUGCACGCACACCGCAAUUUCUGCGCAAAGUUAUCUCCGAGGCGCGCAGAUCGUUCAUAAACAGCGACCCAUUUGCUGCCUCAUCCGCGCGGGGACGUUCGGAAACUGAGGAGGAGGCAUCAUCCGAAAUGGAGCUCGCCCACACUUUGACCCUUAAUGAGGAGGCUCUCAAGCAGUUGCCUGAACACAAGAGGCCAGUAUUCGAGCUGGAAUGGUUGCGCUAUUUGGAGAAGGCCCUGCCCCUGGCGUCUAAGCCGGAUAUCAAGGCCAACCAGAAGAAGCUGGUUCAACAGCUGUCGGAACGCAUCCAGGGUGCUCCAGGACCGCCCAUUCGCAAACUGGUUGCCAGUGCCCUGGCCACGCUCUUCUCCGUCGGAGACACUUUCAUGCUCUUUGAUACUGUCAACGCCUGCAAUGACAUCCUAAAGAACAAGGAUGACUCUCCCAGCUACCUGCCCACAAAGCUCGCCGCAAUCUGCGUCUUGGGCUCAAUGUACGAAAAACUGGGUCGGAUGAUGGGCCGCACCUAUGAGGACACGGUACAGAUCCUUAUUCGCACCCUUCGCAAUGCAGAGUCGCAGGCGCGAAUUGAAAUCAUGCACACGCUGGAAAAGGUGAGCGCUGGUAUGGGCACUGCCAUUGCUAACGUACACAAGGACAUAUACAAGGCGGCCAAGCAUUGCCUGCUGGACCGUGUGAUGGCUGUUCGAGUGGCUGCCGCUCGCUGCAUCCUUAAGAUGAUCUACAGUGCACCGUUUCUUUACCAGACGGAGCUAGAAAGCCUGGGAACACUAUGCUUCCGUGCCUUCGACGGAAGCAAUUACGAAGUGAGAUGUGCAGUGGCUCAGCUGCUCGGAACACUUUUGGCAUACACCCAGCAACUGGCCGAGGCCGCAACGGGUAAAAAGAAACAAGGUCAAGCGCUGGCUUUACAUGCGGCCAAGGGAGCAACGCAACGUUUGGUUUCCUUGGACGAAGCACUGGGAAUCCUUAUGUCGGGAUUCCUGCGCGGAGGAGCAUCUUUUUUAAAGGGUACCGGAGAGAUUAUUAAAGGCAGCUCAGGAGUCAACCGAGAAGUUCGUGUGGGUGUAACCCAUGCAUAUGUGGUCUUUGUGCAAUUCAUGGGCAGCGUUUGGUUGGAGCGACAGUUGAGCGUUUUUCUGGCACAUGUCCUGGAUUUGGUGGCCAAUCCCAAGGCGGCCUGUUCACACGUGGAUGCAGUGUACUCGAGAAAGUGCAUCAACUUCAUUCUCCGCUCAACAAUUGGCAAGAUGCUAGGCGAAAAGGCGCAGAGCGCCGCUUGUAAAGAGCUGAUCCACUUGGUGGCCAAACAGAUGAAUUCCAUUGACUUUAACCCCGAGAACGCAAAGGAUUCCAAUCAGGAGACAUUGUUCAGUCAGCAUUUGUUAGUGUGUGCACUUCAGGAAUUGAGUUCCCUGCUCAUUGGAUUAGGAACCACGGCCCAGAACUUGUUGGGAGAUCAGUCCCUGCAAGCCAUCGAUGCUACCUGUGCAGUUUUGGUGCAUCCCUGUGCUGCUGCUCGCUUGGCUGCCGCUUGGUGCUUGCGUUGUGCAUGUGUGGCUGUUCCUGGGCAAAUCACGCCAUUGAUUGAUCGCUUUGUGGAGUCCAUCGAGCAGAUGCGAUCCUCACCUGAAGCUAUUGCCGGAUAUAGCUGCGCUUUAGCGGCCAUUUUGGGAAGCAUUCGAUACUCACCUUUGGGCAUACCCCAUACAAAGGGCAAAGUCGUGUUUAACUGUGCGGAGGAACUUCUGAGAUCGGCUUCCCAAAAUAGCCGCAUGUCGCUGCAUCGCACCCAGGCCGGUUGGCUAUUGAUAGGAGCCAUUAUGACAUUAGGAUCUCCAGUAGUCAAGGGUUUGCUUCCGCGGAUGCUGCUACUGUGGCGUAAUUCGUUCCCACGAUCCAACAAAGAGCUGGAAUCGGAAAAGGCCCGUGGCGAUGCCUUCACCUGGCAAGUUACGCUGGAGGGCAGAGCUGGAGCUCUGUCCGUAAUGCACAGCUUCCUGCUUAAUUGCCCGGAUCUACUAAACGAAGACAUUACCAGACGGCUGCUCACGCCAAUUGAGAGCGCACUGGCUAUGCUGGUCAACUUGGCCUCUGUCUUGAAGAGCUAUGGUACCCAGCUAAAGGCUCCGGCCGCCAUGGUGCGGUUGCGUCUUUUCGAAACACUUACUCUUCUGCCGGCAAAUGCCCUGGAAGCCUCCUAUACGCAUCUUCUUCGCAUGCUCGUUUCGGAGUUCACCCUUUCGGAUAACGCAGCCAAUACAACUAACUCACUGCUGAGGACACUCUGUCAUGGCGACGAUUCUAUAAUCUUGGGCACUUGGCUGCAGGAAACUAACCAUCGCACCAUCGAGGAUCAGAUGGAACCCAAUCGCAAAGUCGAUGGCGAGCAUUUGCAACCAAAUAGUGCCGCUGGAUCUGGCGCAUUAGAGCAUGAUCCGUGCUGUCUGUACCGUCCCAGUUGGUCUGCCCAGGGCAGUGGAUCCAGCACUGUAGGUCCAUCAGCAACAUCUUCCGGUGGAAUCAGUUGUGGAGCAAACAACAUCCAGCUGAUAAGCAAGGCUCAGCAGUGUCCAGGACCAUUGCCCCUCGGCGUGGCAGUUAUCGAUAUGGCAGUGACUCUGUACGGAACCAUUUUCCCCAAGGUGGCCAACAAGCAUAGGUUACAAAUGCUGGAGCACUUUGCUGAGUGUAUCCGCCAGGCCAAGAGCAGUCGCCAAGAAGCCGUCCAAAUGAACAUAUUUACGGCUCUGCUAUGUGCUCUAAAGAAUCUGACAGAUAGCAAGAGUAGUUUGGGUCAGGAGGAUGUAAGAAAGAGCGCCACAGCAUUAGUAGUUGCUUCAUUGACAAGUGCCAAUUCUACUAUACGAUGUGCGGCUGGAGAGGCUUUGGGAAGAUUAGCCCAAGUGGUGGGAGAUUCUCAUUUCACCGCGGAAUUGGCCCAAAAUAGCUUCGAUAAAUUAAAAUCUGCAAGAGAUGUCGUCACAAGAACUGGUCAUUCGCACGCCCUGGGCUGUCUGCAUCGCUAUGUGGGUGGCAUGGGUUCGUCGCAGCAUCUUAGCACCAGUGUAUCCAUCUUGCUGGCCUUGGGUCAAGAUAGUGCAUCUCCUGUGGUGCAAGCAUGGUCGCUUUAUGCCUUGGCGCAGAUUGCCGAUUCUGGAGGACCCAUGUUCCGUGGCUAUGUGGAGGCCACUUUGACACUUUGCCUAAAACUCCUCCUUACCGUACCUCAUGCCCAUGUAGAUGUACAUCAGUGUGUAGGGCGAGUAGUAAAUGCUUUGAUCACCACCGUUGGACCAGAGUUACAAGGCGGUGGUGGAGCAGUAGCCAGCAUGAGAGGAUCCUUCCUCUCCUCAGCGGCUCUUCUUCAAGCCCACGCUGAUCCUCUAGUGCAAGCAGAGGCUAUUGGUUGCCUGCAGCAGUUACAUCUGUUUGCCAGUAAAUCCCUGCAAUUGGAGGAGCUGGUGCCCACGUUGGUUGGAAUGUUGGCCUGUAACUAUUUCAUACUUCGCAAGGCCGCCGUUUCCUGUCUCCGGCAGUUAGCUCAUCGGGAAGCUAAGGAAGUGUGUGACCUGGCUUUAACUAUUAACGCUGAACAACUUCCAGAUUUGAUAAUCACCGAGUAUGGCCUUCCAGGGUUGCUCUUCUCUCUACUGGACACCGAAACGGAUGCAGAGAUGCUUAAGAACAUUCACGACACACUUACUUCAAUGUUGCAAAUGCUAGCUGCAGACAAUCUGAGUUCCUGGUUAAGUCUCUGCAAAAAUGUUUUAACUGUAGCUGUGGAAGGGGGACUAAACGAUGAUCCUGCUGGCGGAGAACAAGGCAAGGGAAAGGAUGCUGGCGGUGAAGAUGAGGAAGAAGACGAGGAGGAGGAGUAUGCUGAUGAUGUAACAGAAUACCGAGCAGAGGAGAACACUUCCACCCAUCCGGCAGUGCAACCAAGGUGGCCUACUCGUGUUUUCGCCGCUCAGUGUGUCCGCCGGAUCAUUGCUAGCUGCGAGGCUGCUAGCUCUGUGCACUUCGAUCUCCUGCAGGCCAAGGAACAGCAACUUAUUCGCUCCCGCGGAGAUUAUCUUAUUCUCCAUUUGGCAGAACUAAUUCGAAUGUCCUUCAUGGCAGCCACAUCCGAUUCUGACCAACUGAGAUUGGAAGGUUUGCGCACUCUGCAGGAAAUUAUUGAUAGAUUUGCUAACGUUCCAGAACCGGAAUUUCCUGGUCAUCUCCUAUUGGAACAGUUCCAGGCCCAGGUGGGAGCCGCUUUGCGUCCGGCAUUUGCGCAAGAUACUCCUUCCCAUGUUACGGCUGCCGCUUGUGAAGUAUGCUCAGCUUGGAUUGGCUCUGGGGUGGCUCGCGAUAUUGGAGAUCUAAGAAGAGUUCACCAGUUGCUUGUGAGUUCACUUAGUAAGCUUUCUACAAAAACCAAUAGCACUCAGUUGUAUAACGAAUCAAUGGCCACUUUGGAGAAGUUAAGCAUUUUAAAGGCCUGGGCUGAAGUCUACAUUGUGGCAAUGUUAGGAAAUGGAAAGGCUCCAGCUUCCCUCCUGAAUCUCCAGUCUCAACAAUCUGGCGUACCAUCCCUGAAUAAUCUGGAAACGGAUGAGGAUGUCCCUGACAGUCGUGGAGACAGUCUUCUUGGAUUAGUACAACCAGAGCUACACAAUCUAUCUACUCACUGGCUUAGUGCCAUGAAGGAUCACGCAUUGCUCCUACUCCCGGCGGAAUUCCAGUCCCAACUCCCUCACGACGGAGGCGCUUUCUACACUACGGAUACAAUUAAUUCAUCAAAACCGCACUACAUGACCAGUUGGCCACCAAUCCUCUACGCCUCUGCCCUUUGGUUGAGAGAUGAGGGGUUUGCCCGCCAUCAAGAUACAAGUGAAACGACAGCGGAAUCUAACAAUAACCAGAUCACGCACGGUUCUCUGUCAGCGGAUCGUUUCCACAUGAUCUUUGGCAUAUGCAUGGAAGCCCUCUGCAGCAUGAGAAGUUCUGAAAGACCAAGGAAUAUUGUGAGUUGUCUACGGUCGCUGCAUAGCAUCUUCGAUUCGGAUUGGGCAAGGAGGCAAUUGGUCAAGGAUCGAGCCCUAACUAUUGAACUCUGUCACGUUCUACACCGUCAGAUCUUGACGAGAGACGAGUUGCUGGUGCAACUGCUGUGCGUGGAAAUUUUAAAGCAAACUAUUCGCGCUGCGAGGGAAGAUUUGGAAAGGAAAAGGGAUGAUAAUGCAAAUUCUGAAGACGGAAAAGGUGGAGAGCGGCUAGGAGAAGAUGACUCCAUGCAACCAGGAAGCUCUCAUGUAUACGCCGUCCUAGAGGUUUGCCUAUGCCUGUUUGUCCGCCAAAUACCUACAAUGAAUCCCACAAGACAGGGAGCAGGUGGCUCUGGCUUGCAACUGGACUUUGCUUAUGCGAAAAUGGCCACCGGCUCCUCCUUCUUUUCGGUUCUGGGUGAUGAUAACGGCCUGCUGGUGGCCAGUGGACUGCAAUGUGUUGAACAAUUGUUGGAUCUGUGUACUCCUAAAGGUGCCCUAGCAAUCCUGCCCACCGUCCUGUAUAUGACUACCAGUAUCGUUAAGGAAAUUGCCAACAAAUCGGCCAUAGAUAGUACCAUAUUGGCAAAUACAAGUGCUGUAAAAUCUGCCCUGCAGUGCUUGCGAUCCGUUUGCGUCCACAAGUGGGCCAAAGUAGAGGAAACAUCUGAUGAAUGGCAGCAGUUGCUUCAGAGUGCUCUGGCCACUAUUGUGGAUCUCACAAAAACAGCUGGAGAUAACGAGGAGAGAAAAGUCGACGAGGUUACUAUGCUGUUAGCUAUUACUGUUUUCAUCCUUCACACCCCAGCUUCUGUUGUGGCCACGCCCUCGCUGCAAUAUCCCUGCAUCAAUCACUUUCGGCAGUGCCUGCAGUCGGAACACCUUUCCGUGAAGCUGCGCUGCAUCGAGACCACGAGAUCGAUCUUCGCGCAAGCGGAGCUGAAAACAGCUACUCCCUACAUCCACGCUCUUGCGCCUCGGAUGAUCGAGUCAUUGUAUGCGGAGUCCAGCAAGGUGCCCACUAGCGAGCUGGAGCUGCAGGUCACACUCGAAAGCAUUGUUACCGUGGAGCAACUGAUUGACCUGUCGGAGCCACAACAUCGAAACAUGAACUUGCUACAAGACAUACAAAUGCUAACUCUGUUGGUGCCCGUGCUCAUUGGAUUCCUAGCUGAGACAAGUCGACUGCGUACGCUGCCCAAGUACCAAAGGCAGUUGCACGACCAGGCGCUACAGUGGCUACUGAAAAUCGGUCCCAAAUAUCCGCAGGAGUUCAAGGCCCUAAUGGGCCAAAAACCGGAGCUGCGACAGAAACUAGAAGCGGCUAUUCGAAGCCAACAGCAGUCCAUAAACAUUGCCCAAAAAGCAACCGAGGCGCGACGGAACCUGCUGGCCAAGCCACAGAAGCCUACAAUUAAGCUGAAGACGGACUUCAGUAACUUCCAAUGAGUGGUUCCACCGGGAAAUCAAACAAAGUAGUCCACAACCCGCUAGUGCUAUCGAAAAAUGCUUUGCAAUGAUUCGUUACCGCAUGUACAAUAGGAUGGAUCGGUUCUUUAGACAUUAAUUGUGAAUCUGGAUUUAAUGUUUCGACAAUUCUGGGCUAAUUUGACAUCUGGUAUAAAGGUUUUCUUUUAAAACGGUUCUUAACACGCAAGAAAUGAAUAUUUAUUUUGAGCAGCUUUCAGAAAAUCACUCAACGACUUUAAACAUUUUAAAAGACAAAGACAUUUAUUCAGUGUAAAAGAUUAAAUGUACAAUGUAACCUUUAGUGUCCGAAGCAAUAAUUUUUUAAUAUUACAUUCAGAAACUCGAGCCACUCUAAUGUACAUCGCUAGGGUACGCCUGCGGUCAAGCAUUUGAUUUUGCUGUAUGUGAAACACAAUGAAAGUACCUACAAGUUUAUAAAUUAUUUGUUAGCUAUUGUAAUGAAUUAUUAUACAACGCGAUAUAAAUUAAAAAUAAAAACUUAUAAAGCUUAA